AUAUAAGUGCGCAGCAACAGAUACCGCCUUUCCAUCGGAACUAUCAGGGCCGAACGUUAAAUGAGCACAGCUAAAAAAAUUCACCCACCCCACUACAUCGUGACUAGGAAAGUAGCCGUGCGCUUGUUAGCAGGAAACGACUGAGUUUAAAUUUAUCAAGCGGCUUGAGCGUGUCAUCGAUCACGACGUUCUAGAUUUCUAGCCCAUGACAAGUACAGACAGAAAAUACUGGCUUAUGAAAGCUGAGCCAGAUUCGCGUGUAGUGAAGGGCAAAGAUGUCAAGUUCAGCGUGGAUGAUUUUGAAGCUGCAAGGACGACGCCAUGGGAAGGAGUGCGGAACUUCGAAGCACGUAACUUGAUGAAGGAAAUGACCAUUGGGGACAAGAUAUUAUUCUAUCAUUCGAAUUGUAAAAGUCCUGGCAUCGCUGCGUUUGCUGAGGUGUCGAAGGAAGCAUACGCUGACUACACAGCAUGGGAUAGCUCUCACCCUUACUUCGAUCCGAAAACUAAACAAGAUGAUCCGAAGUGGUUCAUGAUAGAUGCCACAUUCUUAUCUCGCGCUGGACAUUUUGUGCCGCUCUCUCUUCUCCGUCACAUCGCAGAAUCGGCGCAAUCGGACCCACCAGAUGAAAUUGCGUAUAUAGGCACGGAUGGAAUGAAAGCUGUAAAAGCGAUGCCCCUGGUCACCCGUGGACGUUUGAGCGUUCAGCGGGUCAGUAAGGAAUGUUGGGAAAUCAUCCAGAUGAUGUCAGAAAAAGGUGGUUGGGAAGAAAUGUCAUUCGGGAAGAAAAAAUCAAGUACAUCAACGCGCCCAAAACAAUCCAAGGUGAAGACAAGUACAAAGAACGACGACGGUGGCAGCGAAGUCGAUGCAAAGGUUGAUGAACCCGACAUAAAACCAAAGAAAGGCAAGAAAAGGAAGGCCUCUGAUGUUGAUCCUCGAACCCAGGAAGUCGCGAUACCUUACCGGCGCUCCGUUCGGACUAAGAAGGAGAAUUCAUAGAUCCCUACGAUCAUGAGCGCUGUGCUAGUCACUCUAGUCCUCACAGUACAUUUGCCGAGGGCACAGGCACAGUCCUUUGUCAAUUCUAUUGGUGGCCUUGUCGGCGCACUGUUGUACUAGGUGCGAGAUUUAUGCUAUUCAUGUCGGUGGUUUGUUUGUUUGUUUGUAAGACUAUUCCUACUACU